AUGGCCACAGAAUACGACCUUGACAAGACUGCUAAGGAACAGCCGCCAUUUAGCAUUAACGAGGUAUUCGUUAUCACGCAUCAUUUGGUGGCCGCUUGCGAUAUAGCCUUUCCUACGGCCCGGGUUCUUUUCCAAUUGAACACCCUGCGGAAAAUGAUGGUAUCAACUUCAGCCCGACCUAGGACCCUUAUACUAUCUUCCUGUUACGAGAAAGAAAACGAUGCGCUAAAGUGGAAAGAUAUUGAUCUGUAUAUGGUCAAACACCCCGAAUAUUCUGAUGCCCAAGUUCUUCUUAUGAGGGCGAGGCACAGGCUCAACAAGGGAAAGAGAAACCAGGGGAAUCCGCCUACAUUCACUUAUACCGAAAGAAAUGAUAAUCUAGGACUCUGUGUUAUUCAGGACAUACUCAUGUAUGCCUUUCUUAACGAUGCAUUUGCAAGCCCACAUAUCAAAUGCCCUCGAGAUAUUUGGCGCUUUACAAAAGUUCCAGAACAUCGCCACAGCACUCCUAUCCAUUUCAAGGAUAGCGUGAAAAAUAUCCCCAUUUUCAGGCGCGCUGUAAAGGCAGAAGACGGGACUUGGGUCACUGACUGCACCGUCGGCUUUUCGUAUAAGCAGGCGCAGGAGUACGAAAGAAAAGCUAGCGUAAAGGCUGGAUUCGCAGAUGAGGGAUCGCUCUACAAGUACCGCAAAGGCGUAGUUGAAAACUUAACACCACAAAAACUGAAUACUAAGCAAAAAGAGGCUAUCGAAACGGAAGCCGAACUCCAUGAUUUGAAAAAGGCACUUAAGUCGACUAGAGACGAACUCAUAUCAGAAUUUCAUAAGUUAAAGAAAGCGGAAGGAGCUUCCGACCCACGAUUCAGCGAAAUGAAGCAACUACAAAAGAAGAUUAGGACGAGACGAAAGAUGUUAGAACGCCGUGCUCAGAAGACAGCCCGGAAGGAAUUCUUUGAUAGUAUUAGAAACCGGAUCAUCGAGCAAAACCAGCAAGGGACUCCGGUCACUUUCACUCCAGACGUCAGCCAUAUCUAG